AUGGAAAGCAAGAAGUGUCCAGGGUCAUUUCUUCAAGAUGAUGAUGCCAUAUCGUCUGCCGAAGGACAGAUAGAUAGCACCACGGCAUAUCAACGACUACCGGAAACACUUCGUAAUUUGGGCGACGAAGAGAUCAAGAAUUUGAACGCCAAACUCGUCCGCAAAGUCGACCUAUUGGUUCUGCCAACAAUUGGUAUUUUAUAUAUUUUGAACUAUGUCGACCGUCAAAAUUUGGCUGCGGCCAAACUGCAAGGCAUCAUGGAAGACCUGGACAUGACCACUGAGCAGUUUGCUACAGCAGUGUCAAUACUGUUCGUGGGAUACCUGCCUUUUCAAAUACCAAGCAACCUCAUCAUUACCAAAAUAUCCAGGCCAGGCAUGUAUAUUUGUUUGGCCGUGGCGAUUUGGGGCUGUAUUUCGGCUUCGACGGCAGCCGUCAAGAGUUACGGGCAGCUGCUUGCCGUGAGAGCGAUUCUUGGAGCCGCCGAGGCUGUAUUUUUUCCCGGUGCAAUCUACUAUCUCUCUGCAUGGUAUACGAAGGUGGAACUUGGGAAGCGCAUUGCCGGUCUCUACAUUGCUCAGCAGGUCGGAAACGCCUUUGGAGGGCUCUUCGCAGCCGCGGUCCUGCAGCUAGAUGGAGUUCGCAACAUUGCAGGCUGGCAAUGGCUUUUUAUAAUUGAAGGUAGCGCUACAGUUGGUGUCGGUGUCAUUUGCGCCUGUGUGAUGCCCGAAUUUCCACAUAAUAGUCGCAUUCUCUCCCAAACAGAACGUGACCUCGCGGUGUGGCGCAUCGAGUCCGAAGCAGGCGCAGCGGAAGGAACAGACGAUGAAAGUGCCCUACGAGGAUUUGCUCAGGCUCUUGCAGAUCCGAAGCUCCUUCUACUUAUAUUUUGCAAUAUGCUGUCGCAAACGCAGGGUUCAAUCGCGAAUUAUUUCCCGACGCUCAUCGCCUCUCUCGACUUCUCCGACACCAUCAGUUUGCUACUCACUGCUCCGCCCUAUAUACUUGCUGGGUUGGUGUAUUAUGCCAUCAUGUUUUAUUCAGACCGCAAAAACACAGUCUAUCCUCUGAUACUGAUAUGCAUUGCGAUUUCCAUUGUGAUGUACAUCAUUCCUAUGACUACCGUCAACGUUGGAGCACGGUAUUUCUCCAUGAUGAUGUUGCCAUUUGCAUCGGUCGGGCCGCAACUCCUUCUCUACAAGACUAUUAACCUUCAUCUUGCACGGCCCGUUUCCAAGCGCGCAGCGGCAUCGGCUUUAGUCAAUGCGAUUGGAGGAACUUCAAAUAUUUGGGCCUCGUAUCUCUAUUUUGCAGGCCCGCAUUUCUAUGCCGCAUUUGGGGCAUUGAUGGGAAGUGCUUUUCUGUUUGCAAUGACUAUUACCGUCUAUCGAUGGCUGGUAUUGCGUGAAAACCAACGGCUUGACUCAGGCGACCCAGACAAGAUUGAUAAAGUAAUCAAGGGGGGUGUGACCAAGGAGAUGGUGCAAUUGAAUUGGCGCUAUGAGAUGUUUUGA